AGUGACAUGGUGGUUUGCAGAGUAUAUAAACAGGCGGUUUUUCGGAGUCUCGGUAGUUCAUUAACAGGCAAGGAAUGAUGAAAUACUUUGGUAUCUUCGUAGCGGCGAUCGCGGUGCAUCAUGCAUCUGCUGAUGGAGGCUUUGGCUCUGGAGGACACGGGCAACACCUGUCAGGGGCGGCUACGGAGGGUAUGGCGGAGGCGUAGCCACAGGCUUCAGCGUGUUCAACCUCGGAGCUCCUCUGGGAGGCUACGGUGCCGGUGGCUCCUCCUUAAGGCACGGUGGCCUCGCUGGCGGCUCCUCCUUAGGGCACGGUGGCCUCGCCGGCGGCUCCUUAGGGCACGGUGGCCUCGGCGGCGGCUCCUUAGGGCACGGUGGCCUCGCUGGCGGCUCCUUAGGGCACGGUGGCCUCGCCGGCGGCUCCUUAGGGCACGGUGGCCUAGCCGGCGGCUCCUUAGGGCACGGUGGCCUCGCUGGCGGCUCCUCCUUGGGGCACGGUGGCUUCGACGGCGCUCACUCCCUGGGAGUUGGCGGCCUUGAUGUCGGCCAUUCAGCGGCCACGGGGCGUCUUGGCCAGUGGUGUUCACGCCGGGGGCCUCGGGGGGCCAGUCGGCGCUCCCCACGGGGACUCUUACGGGGUUCUCACCGGAAGUGUAGCUGGAAGAUCAAAAGUAUCAGGAACCUUGAGGUUAUUUCCGGCGGAGUGACCUGGUGGUUUGCAGAGGGCGGCUACGGAGGGUAUGGCGGAGGCGUAGCCACAGGCUUCAGCGUGUUCAACCUCGGAGCUCCUCUGGGAGGCUACGGUGCCGGUGGCUCCUCCUUAAGGCACGGUGGCCUCGCCGGCGGCUCCUUAGGGCACGGUGGCCUCGCCGGCGGCUCCUUAGGGCACGGUGGCCUCGCCGGCGGCUCCUUAGGGCACGGUGGCCUCGCCGGCGGCUCCUCCUUGGGGCACGGUGGCUUCGACGGCGCUCACUCCCUGGGAGUUGGCGGCCUUGAUGUCGGCCAUUCAGCGGGCCACGGGGGCGUCUUGGCCAGUGGUGUUCACGCCGGCGGCCUCGGGGGGCCAGUCGGCGCUCCCCACGGGGACUCUUACGGGGUUCUCUCUCACCCCAAUUGUCGUUUUUCUCAUGGUCAAAAAGGGUCUAAUAAUCUCUCUUCGGACGUUAAAAGAUGUUUCCUUCGAGCAGAGCAGAUUGAGUCGACUUCAACAGAAAAGUCUAAAACAAUGAAAUACACUCUUUCACUUGUGUUGGUGGCUGCCAUGGUGGCUUACGUCCAGGGAAGUCGCAUUAGCUAUGGUGGUUAUGGAGGAGGUUAUGGUGGCUACGGAGGAGGCUAUAGUAGCUACAGAGGAGGCUAUAGUGGCUACGGAGGAGGCUAUGGUGGCUACGGAGGAGGCUAUGGUGGCUACAGAGGAAGCUAUGGAGGCUACGGUGGUGGCUAUGGAUAUGGCAAGAAAAAAAGCCCCCCUGUAGAUCUAGUGCAAAAAUAUCGGGAGGACAAUACUUCAGUGUACAGGGACAAAUCCCCCUCCCGAAGGGGCGUCACAAUGUUACUUUUGAAAUUAUGCCUCUGUCAUGGUAAAGGUUUUCCCGAUAUAUGGGAAGAUCCACCGUGUUCACGCCAAUCCAGCCACCCACCAAGGUUUUGCCCCUUUUGGGCCAUUGAGGUACUUUUUGAUUUCGUUCAGGGUCUGGUGUACCGAAAGGGGUACAAAGCUUUUUGGAAUGUUGGGGAAUAUUGCAGAAUAACUGAGUUCGAUUUUUUCCAUAGGCGUCUUGUUGGAUAG